ACAUAAAUGCAUUAAAGAUGAUUACAUAUAUCUGAAUAUAAUGCCAGCAUAUCCUCCAUUACAGGGCCAUUUCAAGAAUCUUCAACUCUUGAUUUUGCCAUUUAGUUUGAUAGGCUAAGAACAAAAGUAUGGAGGGCAAACACAAAUUUCUACAUGGAACGCUUGAAGUUUCCAUCUUUCGUGCCACAAUGAUCAAUCCGACCUUUCCCUUUAUGUGUAUGCCUUUCAAGCGAAAACCAACAUAUGUGACAAUCAAUCUGGGAAACAAGAAUGUGGCUAAAACAACAUAUGAACGAGAUCGUGUGUGGAAUCAAACCAUCAACAUCUUAUGUGCUCAUCCCUCAAACACAACACUCACAAUUGCAUUAAAAACAAAGUGUACUGUCUUGGGAAAAAUCCAUUUCCAAGGAAAUCUGUUUUUGGAUGGAGAGUCUCUGAUUGAAGGGACCUUCCCACUCCGUAUGGAUAAUGGGAAGUCCGAGGAGUCAAACCAGAAGCUGAGGUUGACGCUCAUGUUGUGGUUUAAACCUGCAGAACUUGAGCCAUCAAGUAGUGGAUUCACAGGACUAAAGAAGAAUGUCACUUUUCCACAAAGAUCAAAUUGUGACAUUACAUUGUAUCAGGAUGCACACCAUUCAAAUGGGUUUCAACCGCCUUUCGGGAAGCCGAAUAAGUUGUGGGAGGAUGUCUAUAAAGCAAUUGAUGAUUCAAAGCAUUUGGUUUACAUUGCAGGCUGGUCUUUUAAUCCUAAUUUAGUCCUGGUUCGUGAUCCGGAGACAGAUAUUCCACAUGCUAGAGGGAAAAUUCUCGGUGAAUUGUUGAAACACAAAGCAGCAGAGGGUGUGGCGGUGAGGAUUAUGUUAUGGGAUGAUAAGACAUCCUUACGAUUCAUUAAAAACAAAGGGGUAAUGAGAACACACGAUGAGGAUUCACAAGCAUAUUUCAAGAACACAAAAGUGGUGUGCAAAUUGGUUCCAAGAUCUCACCAUGAGAUACCCUCCUUCUAUACCCAUCACCAAAAAACAAUAAUUGUGGAUACUAUAAAACCAUUUUCGAGGAAUAGAGAAAUAAUGUCCUUUAUUGGCGGUUUUGAUCUGUUUGAUGGCCGUUAUGACACAGAAGAGCAUUCACUCUUUCACACUCUCAAUACACAAUCCCAUUGCUAUGACUUUUACCAAACUAGCCUCCCAGGAGCCAGCCUUCACAAAGGUGGCCCGAGAGAGCCGUGGCAUGACACUCAUUCUUGUGUCUUAGGAAAAGCUGCCCUAGACGUUCUUGAAAAUUUUGAGCAAAGAUGGACAAAACAAUGUGAUCCGUCAUUUCUUGUCCCUAUAAGCUCCAUUGAAGAGCUAAAUUCCCAAGCUGAUGACCCAAUUUCCUCCGAAAGCCGGGAUUGGAAUGUUCAAGUCUUUAGAUCCAUCGAUCAUUUAUCAACCAACACUCUGCCCCGAAACACAUCCGUGGAGAGGAGCAUCCAUGAGGGGUAUGUCGAAGCCAUUAGACAGGCUCAGAGAUUUAUAUACAUUGAGAAUCAGUACUUUAUUGGUGGAAGCCAUGUUUGGGAGCAAGACAAGAACAGUGGUUGCGAAAACUUAAUCCCCGUUGAAAUAGCGUUAAAGAUCGCUAGAAAAAUAAAAGAUAAUGAGCGUUUCGCAGUGUACAUUGUAAUACCAAUGUGGCCAGAAGGAGCGCCUGAGAGUGACGCAGUUCAGGAUAUACUUCAUUGGAGUAGAGAAACAAUGAAUAUGAUGUACGGUAUAAUAGGAGAAGCCAUAAGAAAAUAUGGUUGUAGCGAAACUCACCCUAGAGAUUACUUGAAUUUCUUCUGCCUUGCUAAUAGAGAAGAGGAGAUCAAGGGAGAGUUUCUGCCUCCCUGCUCUCCUUACCCUUCAUCUCACUAUUGGAAGGCUCAGAAAAACAGAAGAUUCAUGGUUUAUGUCCAUUCUAAGCUCAUGAUAGUGGACGAUAAAUAUAUGUUGAUAGGCUCGGCUAACGUAAAUCAAAGAUCUAUGGAUGGAGAACGUGACACAGAAAUUGCAAUAGGAUGUUAUCAAUCAAGAAGCGAAGAACCAAGCAUUUGUCACGGUGACAUUCAUGCAUACCGAAUGUCAUUAUGGUACGAACACACCGGGAAAGCCGAGGAAGAGUUCCUAGAGCCUGAGAGUCUAGAAUGUGUGAAGAAGGUUUAUUCCGUUGGAGAGAAAAUGUGGAAAAUUUAUAGUUCAGAUGAUGUAACGGAUAUGAGAGGAGUCCACUUGGUGAGCUAUCCUGUCAACAUAACAAGAGAUGGUCUUGUGGAGGAUCUUAUGUGCACUGACGGACAUUUUCCGGACACUGAAGCGUUAGUCAAAGGGAAAAGAUCCAAAUUCCUUAGUUCUAUGAUAACUACGUAAGAGAGAUGCAUGUGUCAUUUAAAUGUAAUUUCUCUUCAUC